AUGUCUCUGCUAGGAUACGCCAGUGACUCUGACGACGAUGCCAACUUGCAAUUGAGGCUUGCCUACGCACCUGCUAUAGAGAGCCGAAAGGAACCAGAAACUCAGAAACCAAACGGAAAACGGACAGUCACAGGUUUUAUUGAGACAGAAAUGAUGGACAGCUUACAGUUCCAGAGAAAUAAAAGAUUAUACGAACAGGGCCCACAAGAGCCAGAAAACGGACAAUUCAAGUCCCGCAAACAGCGUGCAAAGGAAUUGAAAAACCGCCGUAAGAGUAAAGGUGAUCCAGGCGAGUUGGACGGAGAAAAUGCGUACAGAGGUCCGUGGGCCAGCUAUAGCGAGAGCGAAGGCGAUGCUGAACUAGAGCCCGAAGAAGCGGAGGCGGCAUCGGAAGCCGCAUCCGGGAGCGAGCCAGAGGAGGAACAGACUGUUGAAGAGACCACCACGUUCUACGGUGGCUCGCAAUAUGACUAUCUCGGGAGAACGUAUAUGCACGUUCCCAACGACGUGGAAACUAACUUACACAAGGAGCCAGGAAGCCAGCGGUGCUACGUGCCGAAAACGAAAAUACACACAUUUGCCGGACACGCGCGAGGUGUCCAAUGUCUGCAGUUCUUUCCUAAUAGUGGCCACUUGCUGCUUACUUGUGGAAACGACUCGUCAAUCAAAUUAUGGGAUGUAUAUCAUAAACGGAAACUGCUCAGAGGAUUCUAUGGACACAUGAAGCCCGUGAAAUGCGUCGCAUUCAAUUCCUCGGGGUCUCACUUUUUGAGUUGCUCGUAUGAUGAAACAGUCAAGCUAUGGAACACAGAGACCGGUGAGUGCGAAUUCAAGACAAAAUUGGAUGGCAUUCCCAACGUUGUCAGAUUCAUCCCCGACAAUGAUAACGAGUUUUUGGUUGGCAUGUCCAAUAAAAGAAUCGACCAUUACGAUAUGACAACUGGCGACGUGAUCCAGUCGUACGAGCACCACACAGACGCGGUCAACAGUAUCGAAUUCAUCAACUAUGGGGAAAAUUUUGUGUCCUCGUCGAGCGACAAGUCGCUGCGAAUCUGGGAGGUCAAAGUCAACAUGCCUGUGAAACUCAUAGCCGACCCCAAACAAUUCUCCAUGCCAUAUUUGAAAGUUCAUCCUAAAGGGUUUGCGUUUGUCGCCCAAUCUUCCGACAACACCAUCCAAACAUUCGCAGCCAGCGCCGAAGAAAAGUUCAAGCGAAACAGAGACAAGACGUUCACUGGUCACAACUCAGCCAAUUACUCCAUCGGAUUACAGUUCACGCCAGACGGGAGAACGCUGAUGAGCGGCGACUCGCACGGAUUUGCAUUCUUUUGGGACUGGAGGUCCACAGAGCUGAUCUCCAAACUCAAGGUCAGCUCCAAGCCGAUAACCUGCAUCGAUUCACAUCCCCAAGAAAGCAGCAUGGUGGCCCUCGCAGGAGCCGACGGGAAGGUGUAUUUGUACAAUUGA